AGAUGAUUAAAGUGGAAAGCUGAGUCAGGAUGUGGUCACAUGCCCAGUUAGGAUUAGCAUAGGCAGCUGGCUGACCUUGUAGCUGAGUGACCUCCUAUUUUGUUUUGUUGGAUUGGUUACAGAGGGAGAUGAAGAAAGACAAACAUACUCUUACCCACACAUUUACAACCACACAAACAGCAAUCACAUAGCAACAACUUCUUUCUAACCACACAAACACAGAAAUGCUUUGUCAGUUUGGUUCGUGAGAGCUGAAGAGGAAACUCAUUUUCAAAACCUUCACACUACAACGACAGCAGACUGUGUUUGCCCCAGCAUAAUUUUGGUCUGGAUGCAAUGUCCCAUCUGAAGCCAGCAAGAAGAGAUCCUGAACAUUUUGAUGGCCUGUCAUUAAUUUACUGGACACUGAUGGGUCCAUAUGGAGUUGACCGCGCAGUGCAGUGCAUGGAAUUCAGAGACCUUGAAAAUGGGUUGGGUGUUAAAGUAAUUGGCGGUGUAAAGGAAGCAACAGGUGAAGAGUAUGGAAUUUAUGUGAAGAGGAUAGUUCCUGGAGGUGUCGCAGCCAUAGAUGGACGCUUGCAGCCCGGUGACCAGAUUUUAGAAGUGAAUGGGGAAAGUCUCCUUGGUAUUUCCAUUGAAAGAGCUGUGGACAUCCUAAGAGGAGCCUCUUCAACAGCCUGUAUGCAACUACUCAUCACUAGAGACAGAGAAGCCAGGUGUGAAUUUGGGGAAUUGAUGGAAAAGUAUGGAUCGCACAGUAAUGCUGGAUCUGCAAGAAGUUCCCCUGUUUGCCACACAGACCGUAGGCACUUGGACAGCACAUCAUCUGGUUCCUCAUCGCGUUCCCAGAGUCCACAGUUGCUGAGCCCGGCGUGUUGUUAUACUGCAUGUAAUGGAAACGUGGGAGUGUCAUCUCGCUCUUGUACACAUGAAGCAGGAAUUCAGCUCAUCUCUGUUCCAAAGUCCACUGGUCUCGGUCUGACCAUUGCUGGAGGCUGUAACAGACCUGAUGGCCCUAUGGUGUACAUACAGGACAUCAUGCCUAAUGGAGACUGUCACAGGUGUGGCAGACUCAGGUCUGGAGAUCAAUUAAUAGCCAUCAACAAGGAAUCCUUAAUCGGUGUUACAAAUGAAGAGGCCAAAAAUAUUCUAAGCAGGACUAAAUUCAGGAAUGAGGGGGCCACAGAAAUUGCCUUUAUCCCAGGAAGAGGUCCUCUUCCUGCUAACAACACCUCAUACAACAAUGUGCAGUCUCCAAAGAAGAAUGCAGUGAAUGAGUACAAUUCCUGCCGAUUAAAGGUCCAUGUCAGGUCACCGGAGACAAGACAUGAACAAGUGACUGUGCCAUCUCCGUCCCCAGACAUAUGUCCUCCAGAGCUUACAGUGUCAGCACCAGCUUCAACAGCCAUUCAGAACAUUAUAACUGCAGGCAACCAAAAAGUUGCAUUGGAUCCUCACGUGCGGCUAAAGGCAGAAAAGCUUGAUUUGGCCCUGCGAUAUCUAGGAGUAGAUACAGCAGAAGAAAGGAAAAGACAACUUUGUCUGAGUCUUACACCGGAUUCUCAAGGAACAGUGGCUUUUGGAGAUUUUGCCCAAGUGGCAAAAGAGAUGUUCCCUUGUGAAAUGGAGGAGGCCAUCAUGGACCCUGACUCAGUACUCUUCACACAGCAUGAAGUAGCCAAUUUACUGGACACGUCUGCUUUCCAUUCCCCAACAUUUGAAUCUAUCAGCUCUCAAGAAACUGAUGAAUUUGACCAACUUCAAUCAGAAGUGGCAGAACUGAGACAGGAGAUAAAGAGAUUAAAGAUACUUUUAAAAGAAACUGAAGAUAGUAAGACAUCACUGGAAAAUGAUGUUCAACACCUCAAUCAGAAUGCCAGCAUGCUGCAGGCAGAGAACAAGGACCUGUACACUAAGUUACAGGUGUCGGAGGCAGCACAGAAAAGGAAGCAGAGUGCUGAGCAAGACUUUGAAGGUGUGAUUCAACUCCUGGAAGCAGAAAUCACAGACCUGAAAAAUGAAAUGUCUGAAAUUAAUAUAAAUGCACAUUCAGAAAUGACAAAGGAAGAUGUCUUGGAACUUAAGAAACGUCUUUCUGUUGUUUACUGCCAGUUUCGUAAAUCUGAAUCUGUCCGUAAAAAUCUGGAAGCUUCCAACAGAAGACUGCUAGCAUUUGUACAGAAUGUACACAAUUUCUUAACAUCUGCUUGUGCUGAAGGAGACAGCAGGCAAAACAGUUUGCCAGAAGAAGUGCCCAAACCAGGAGAAGUGGACACUGCUCUUCACUUUUCAGCGGCUACUGCCAAAUUUGUAGCAGAAGCCAAAGAAUUAUUUGACUGUGUGAGCUCCAGUACAAACGAAACCAUGUUCACUAAAAGACAUCCUGGUCUGCUCCAGUAGGGUUUAACAGAAGUGAGCAAAAAAAUGAACAGACUGAAAGCUAGAGAAAUGCAACAAGAUUCUGCUCCAGUGUAUGAAUGCAGAAGAAGUUGAAGGAAACAGAAAGGAAGCCAUGGACAAAGAGUACCUUUCCAUUAUGGCCCAUUCAGACUAAGUCUGAACAGAGUUCUUUCCUGCUGCACUGUAUGAAGUACAGAAAAAAAUUAUGACCUCCUCGAAGUAAUACCUUCAGACUAGAACAUGCUCCAUGUAUGAAACAUAAAAGAUUUCUGCUUCUGAGGGGUUGCUACAUUAAAACAAGUAAUAAAAUGCAUCUGUUGGAACUGAUGAAUUAAAA